GGAACGAGCAUCAUCCACACCCGAUCAGAUCCGUCACCCGCUUCAUCCGUCACCCGCAUUCAUUCAUUUAGUUCGGGUAUCCAUCCUUUUAAUAACUGCGGGUUGAUCGGAUUAACGGAUAUUCAUUUACUAUUGCCAUCCCGACCGAUUGAUCCAUACCCGACUUAAAAUCCCGUUUACCGAAAUCUAACCUGACUGAAUAGACCCGACCCGUACUGAUCUAAUUACCGCAAGCAACCGGAAACGGUCGGGACUCGGAAGGGCGGAACCGAUAAUUAGUUUUGUGUAGCGCAAUUUUCCGGUGUUGGCUGUACUGCUGUACAUGUGCCGAUAACGACGCCGACGCCGGAGAAUAGGAGGGAAUGAAAUGCAUCCAAUUUCCCCGCCGGAAACGGAAAGAGUAAUUCCCCCGUCGUAAUCGUUAAGAUGUGGAAGGAAAUGGAGAAAAGGAAUGUAAAAAGUCAAUCAAGGAGGAAGAGGAGAGAGAAAAUAGUAGACGAAAAAUAGCAAUGGCCCCUCCUCGAUCAGCUAAGCUCAAUGACAUUUCUGAUGAGCUUAAGCGAAUCAUAGACGCCAAUUUCGAUAAAGUUUUUGCUCGCCGCCGCGCUCGUGAAGCUUUUGAAGGUGUUAUGCUUUCCAUUGACCACUCCUUGUUCAAGGUGCCAACUGAAGGAUUAAAGAUAGAUGAGAGGUAUGAAAAGAACUCAAGAGGGGUGGAAAUUUUCUCCAAAAGUUGGCUUCCUGAAUCGCAUCCUCCAAAAGGAAUCAUUUGCUACUGUCAUGGCUAUGGAGAAAGCUGUACAUUUUUCUUUGAAGGAACUGCCAGGAAACUUGCUUCAGCAGGAUAUGGAGUUUUUGCAUUGGAUUACCCUGGUUUUGGCCUUUCAGAUGGUCUUCAUGGCUACAUCCCGAGUUUUGAAAGUCUCGUUGAUGAUGUAACUGAGCACUACUCCAAAAUCAAAGCAGACAAACCAGAGUUCCAUGCCCUUCCGAGCUUUUUAUUUGGUCAGUCGAUGGGUGGGGCUGUAGCUUUGAAGGUGCAUCUGAAGCAACCUAAAGCUUGGAGUGGCGCGAUUCUUUUGGCCCCUAUGUGCAAAAUUGCAGAUGACUUGCGCCCUCCAUAUUUAGUAACCCGUCUUUUGAUUGCCUUAUCUAAAGCUCUUCCUAAGUCAAAGUUGGUUCCGUCAAAAGAUUUAGAUGAUAUUGCUUUCCAUCAGAAUAAAGAGCUGACAGCUUACAAUAUCAUUGCCUACAAGGAUAAACCACGACUAAGGACAGCUGUUGAGUUGCUUCACGUAACAGAGGAGAUAGAACGUCGAUUGCAGGAAGUUAGUUUACCUCUGCUAAUCUUACAUGGAGAGGCUGAUGCAUUAACUGAUCCAUCAGUGAGUAAGGCCUUAUUCGAGAAGGCAAGCACCAGGGACAAGAAGCUCAAUCUUUACAAAAAUGCUUGUCACCAACUUCUUGAAGGAGAACCAGAUGAGGUUGUUUUUGGUAUUUUUAAUGAUAUUAUCUCUUGGUUAGAUGACCACAGUUCAAAAGACACUACCUCUUAACUAAUUUGCACUUGGAAAGAAUUGAGAGGGUUAUAUGUUUUGUGUAAAUGGUCAGUUAUUUACGUGAACAUUAGUUUUAUUCUUUUUA